AUGAGAGAAAUGGAUAGUGUGGUUUCUGUUAUACCAGACAGUAUCCAAAAGCCCCAAACAUCAAGGUCUUGGAACUUUCUUGGCUUCCCCGAAGAUGUUAAAAGAAAUACUGUAGAAGAAAGCAACACAAUCAUUGGAGUAAUUGAUACUGGAAUUUGGAUUGAUGCUGAUAGCUUUAAGGACACUGGAUUUGGUCCAGCACCAACGAAAUGGAAGGGCAUUUGUCAAGACUUCACUUGCAAUAACAAGGUAAUUGGGGCAAGACACUUACGCCUUAAGGGUUUGAUUUCUAGAGAUGACAUAAAAUCUCCAAAUGAUACAAAUGGUCAUGGGAGUCAUUGUGCAUCCAUUGCUGCUGGAAACAUAGUUAGGUCGGCAAGUGUGUUAGGGUUUGCUCCAGGAACAUCCAGAGGAGGAGUUCCAUCAGCACGUAUUGCUGUAUACAAAGUGUGUUGGGAAGUGGGUUGUUCAACUGUUGACAUCCUUGCAGCAUACGAUUACGCCAUUGCAGAUGGUGUUGACAUCCUUUCUGUCUCAGUCGGAGCUACAACCGCAGGGCAAAAGAAUUAUUUUGAUGACCCGCAUUCAAUAGGAGCUUUCCAUGCAAUGAAGAAAGGCAUAUUAACAUCAACAUCUGCAGAUAAUUUGGGCCCAACACCUUACACAACCUCAAAGUUGGCACCUUGGUUGCUUUCUGUAGCUGCCUCCACUACAAAUACAACCUUUCUCACCAGAGUCCAGUUGGGCAAUGGCAAGAUUUAUGAGAUACCAUUAGUGUAUGGUGGAGAUGCAACCAAGGCUGGAGCUAAUAGUACCCUAUCUAGUGCCUGCUUUGAAAAUGCUCUGGAUGCAACUGUGGUGAAGGGAAAGAUUCUUUUGUGUGACAAAAUCCCUUUUCCUUCAUUUGUGGGAUUAGCUCAGGGAGCUGCUGGUGUUAUAAUUAGAAGUGAUGCUGUUCCUUUAGAUGUCUCAAAAGUAUUUGCAUUGCCAGCUGUCCACAUUAGCCUAAGUGACGGCAACCUCAUAUAUUCUUAUCUAAAAUCAUCGAGUUACGAAGGGAAGGAUACAACAGCCCCAAACAUUGGUCAUUUCUCAUCUAGAGGCCCAAACAAAAUCACUCCAGAGAUUCUUAAGCCUGAUUUAGCUGCUCCAGGAGUGAACAUUGUAGCUGGAUGGUCUCCACUUGGUUCAAUUUCUGAGGUUAAAAGCGAUCCUAGAAGAUCAGAAUACAAUGUACAAUUUGGAACUUCAAUGGCAUGCCCUCAUGUUACUGCUGCAGCUGCUUACGUCAAAACAUUUCAUCCCAACUGGUCUCCUGCUGUACUUAAAUCCGCAUUAAUGACAACUGCUACUCCUAUCAAUGGUGCACUUAAGGGAGAUAAUGAAUUUGCUUAUGGUGCGGGGCAAAUCAAUCCUAUCAAGGCAGUAAAUCCUGGAUUAGUUUAUGAUGCUACUGAAACUGAUUAUGUCAAGUUUCUGUGCGGACAAAAUUAUUCUACAGCAUUUCUGCAAAAAGUCACAGGAGAUAAUAGCACUUGUACGGGUGCAAAUAAGGGAUCUGUUUUGGACCUUAAUCUCCCAUCUUUUGCUCUAUCUACAACUCGUUCAAAGACCAAUGAUGUAACUUUCAGUAGAACUGUAACAAAUGUUGGAUCAAGUAAGUCCUCGUAUAAAGCCAAAAUAACUACACCUUCGUCUUCCUUGAGCAUCAAAGUAGAGCCAAAUGUUUUGAGCUUCUCAGCUUUGGGUGAGAAGAAGACGUUCACCCUCAAGAUUGAAGGAAAGAUUGAUGCAGAUACAGUUUCUUCGUCUUUGGUCUGGGAUGAUGGCACUUUUCAAGUAAGGAGCCCCGUUGUUGUUUAUGUUCUCCCAUAA